AUGAAGACAGGACAACUUCACGACUGGUUCCAGGAUCAUUGCCUUCCAUUAAUCCUUUUACUUACACUCCAGCACCCUGUUAUAGCUGAAUGGACUCAUGCACAAAUUCGUAUUCUUAUUGACAAACGUAGAACCAGAAACGAUGUAUUUUAUAACCUUAGGAGAAAUCAGAAAAGAUUCUGGGGUAGUAUUGCAAGUAAGAUCAAUCAAGAGAAUGGGUCAUCAUUCAACGGUCACCAAUGUAAAGAAAAAUUCUCGAAUCUUGUUCAGGAUUAUAAUCUAUGUGUAAUUUUAUGUCUGGUAAAAGUAAAGCCAAAAGUCGAACAGGUGCACGAUAUUUUGAUGAAUUUUGUACACAUUUUUGGGAGAGAUCUGAGGAUGAAUUCGAUAGAGUCUGCGGUAUUAAUACUUUUAACUGAAGAUGAAAUAGAGUCACUUCCCGUUAGACGCUCAACAAUUCCACCUGUUAGCUCAUUAACCACUAAUGAUGAAAUGGAUAUUUCCGAUACAGAGCAGUUGGUCGACCAUAGAAGGACCUCCUUAUAUGAAGAAUUACAU